CGUUGGGCUCCCUGUUAUCCCAACGGCUCCCUGCCCUGCUCCUGUCCUCCUGGCUCAUCCAGAGCCUCCGGGGCUGUUUGUGCGGCAGUAGUGGGUGCUGCACAAAGUGAAUCCUGCCAGAGGAGCUCUAAUUACCUGUCCUAAGGUCAGCUGAAACAUGGCUACCAACAACCUCCACCAGUCCGUGGGAUCCUCCAAAAACUCCGAUGGGUUCCAGAAUGAAGUGGUGGCACCUUACAACUCAAAGCUGGUCUCUGAGAUGGAGGAGCCUGUAACACUGACUCCUUCUGCCUUCCUGAAGGAGAUGUCCCUCACCACGGAGCAGAGGCUGGCCACCAUCCACAGCACUCGACGGCCCCACGUUGUUCAGCUACUGGAUAUAAGUGACACCUCCCAUCAAAAGUUCUCCUCAGUUGACCUGGAUCAGCCCUUGUUCCAGCCUUUCCCACCUGAAGUGGUGUUUCAGAGCUACGUCCCCUGCGAGGUCUACGAGGUUCCCCUGGUUCUGAGGAACAACGACAGGGUUCCUCGGCUGGUGAAGGUUGUCUUGGAGAGCUCACCUUACUUCAAGCUGAUCAGCCCUGGUGACGUGUCCCGUAAGGUAGCACCUGGCAUGCUUUCCACUUUCCGCAUCCUUUUCACCCCUGAGGAGAACAAGGACUACUUCCACCAACUCACCUGCAUCACAGAGAGGGAGAAGUUUGUGGUGCCCAUCCGAGCCAUAGGAGCCCGAGCUAUCCUGGACUUCCCUGACCAGAUCAACUUCUCAGUCUGCCCAGUCAAGCACAGCACACAGAGAACUCUGCUGGUUUGCAACGUUGGCAACCGUGAGGCUCGUUACAGCAUCAGCACCCACAGCCCUUUCUCUGUCGAUCCCUCCGUUGGGACCCUUAGUAUUGGUGACACCGUGCAAGUAACAGUGGAGUUCUACCCACUGAAGACUGGAGACCACUGCGGGUCCCUGGUGGUUCACUACGACACAGGUGAAGAUGUUCUCACAAGCCUGUAUGGAGCAGCGGUGGAUGUCAACAUCAGGCUGGACAGGAACUCUUUGAUGAUUGCAAAGACUUACCUGACACUGGCAAACCAGAGAUCUGUGGUCAUCCACAACCGGAGCAACAUCAUAGCCCACUUCCAGUGGAAGGCUUUUGUUAAUCAGGAAGAGGAGGAUCAGCAGAAGCUGAGGCUGUGUCACAGGCUGCGGAGGCAGGAGGAGGAUGAGAUGGAUCGCUUUAUUGAUGAGUGCAUGCUGGACCCCUCUCUGCAGGAGCACCUCACCGUUCUCUGUCGUGUCUUCCAGAACAACCGUGCAAAAGUGCAAGGAGACUCCAUGCUCUUCUCCGAUGACAUCUUCACCAUUGAGCCAGUGGAGGGAGACGUCUGGCCAAAUUCUUCAGCUGAAAUUAAUGUGAUGUUUAAACCCCGAGAAGCCAGGCUCUAUCAGCUGACCGUCUACUGUGACAUCUCAGGCCGUGAGACCAGGCUGCCCCUGCGCAUCAAAGGGGAAGGCGAAGGGCCACGGCUGCGCUUCAGCUUUGACCAGCUGGACAUCGGGAAGGUGUUUGUGGGCUCAGCCCACAACUAUGAGGUCAUCUUGUUUAAUAAAGGACCCAUCGAUGCUCUCUUCCACAUGGUGCCUUCAAGCACAGCGCUGGGCUCCUGCUUUGCCUUUGUUCCCCGCGAGGGCCUGGUCCCACCGGGCGGCCUGCAGCACAUCCGCAUCUCCUUCUGCUCCACCAUCCUGGGGCAGUUCACGGAGCAGUUAGGGGUCAACGUGCACGGCUGCCCCCAGCCCGUCACCUUGACUGUCAGAGGCUGCGUCAUUGGACCAACCUUCCACUUUGAUGUACCUUCCCUCCACUUUGGUGACGUCUCCUUUGGCUUUCCUCACACCUUGUCGUGCCGCCUCAGUAACACCUCCUUGGUGCCCAUGACAUUCAGCCUCCGCAUUCCUGGGGACGGCUCUGGGCCCCCCAGCGUGAGCAGCUCUACCCAGGUGUUGGACAACACUCUUCUGUCCUGGAAGAUGGGGCUUCCAGCUCACCCCAAGCCCACCGAAUUCACCGUGAUGCCCUCCAGAGGGACCAUCCGUGCCCAGGGGACGCAGGAUGUGCAGGUCACCCUGUGCUCCAACACAGUGAAACAGUAUGAGAUGGCGCUAGUGGUGGAUGUGGACGGCGUUGGCACUGAGGUGCUGGCCCUUCUCCUUACAGCCAGAUGUGUGGUUCCCCACCUGCGGUUGCUCAGGUCUGUGUUGCCCUUUGGGUUCUGCUUCCUACAGCACCCCUACCAGCGGCCACUGACCCUGGUGAACGACAGUGACGUUCCUGGCUGCUACGGACUCCUGCCCCAGGAGCCCCAGGAGGGUGCUGCUGUGCUGUACUACAGCCCAGCACCAUGCGGGAUCAUCCAGCCCCACAGCUCGGUGGAGGUGCCAGUGACACUGCGGGCCCAGGUGACAGGCAAGCAACUGACGGCGGCUUUGGUUGCAGUGUUUGGGAGAGAGGAAUUCCCACUGCAAGUCUAUUUAGAGAACACUGGAGAAGGCCCAGUUGUCUACGCACAACCAAGUAAGCUAAAUUUCGGCCGGAUCCCAGUUCUUCAAGAUGCUUCCCAAACUUUGCACCUCUCCAACCAGGCUUUCAUCCCUGCAUCAUUCUGGACAGAGAUGGAUAGAGAAGAUUCAUGCUGGAGGGUUGAACCCAAGCAAGGCAUCAUCCCCCCCGAGUCUGAAGUGUCACUGGCUGUCAUAGCCAACCUGGACGACACCCAGAAAUUCCAGGACAAUCUGAACAUCUUCAUAGAGAACAGCAGCUCCUACGUGAUCCCCGUCCAGGCUGUUGGCAUCGGCACCACCAUCGUCACUGAUAAACCCUUUGCACCAGAGCUUGACCUGGGGCCACACUUCAGCAUGAGUUCCUGCUCUUAUCACUUCAAGAUAACAAACAAGGGAAGGCGCACCCACCAGCUCUACUGGACCACAGAAGGCUUUGCUCCAUUCCGCCAGCACGAUCGCCUUCCAUCCGUGGGUGGCACCAAGGACAGCUCCCCCAAGGGCCCCGUGUUCAGACUUUGGCCACUGAGGAUGGAGCUGAUACCGGGCAGGACGAUGGAGAUGAUACUGGAAGGCUUCUCCAGCACCCCAAGGGUGGUGACAGAGCGGCUGCUGUGCCAUGCCAUCAUAGGCAGCAAGAUAGUGAAGACUCAGAUCAUGCAGGUGGAUGUCACAUGUGAGUUCAUUGCCCCUGUCCUGCAGCUCUCCUCUAGGGAAAUCACUUUCCGGGUGGAGAAGCAACCCAGUGAUGUCCUAACUGCUCAGCACGAACCUCUGUGCUUGAAGAACAUCUCCUCCCUGCCGCUCAGUGUGGUGCUGCGCGUGGAGCAGCCCUUCUCACUCUGCAACGCAGCACAGCAGCCUCUCUCCGUGGACACCAAGCCACUAAAGCUGAACACUGGGGAGGAACAUCACCUCACCAUCAGAUUUAACCCUGACUAUGAAGAGGGUUUAAACAUCCGGGUAGCAGAGCGGACUCUGAAUAUACGAUUUCUUGAGCACCCUCUUGAGGAGCACGUUGCCAUUCGGGGGGAAGUCUACUUCCCAAACCUUCACAUGGAGACCAUGACCGUGGACUUUGGCUGCAUCUUGAAUGACACCGAGGACGUGCGUUACGUUGAGGUGACCAACUGCAGCCCGCUGCUCGUGCGGUACCGCUGGUCGUUCCUGGCAGGCAGUCAUGUGAGCCAGAUGAGAUUCAGUCCUCCGGUACCUAAGUAUUUCAUCAACCCCCAACCAAAGAAAGAAGAGGGAGCCUCGAUGGAGUCCUUGGCAUCAGCAGACAGCAGCGGCCAUGAUAUGGACAUGAAGGAGGCAGCCCAAGUGGUGGGAGCAGCAGUAGAACCUGCCUCAGAGCCAGCAGAUGCAUAUGGGUCCCCGGAGACUCAGUUGCUACCACCUGCUGUCAAGGACCUGCAGAGUGCUGCAGAGGCUCCGAGCCUGGUGGAGACCAAGGAACCAAUGCAGUUUGUGGAGAACGAGCCCCUUGCUUUGGGUGUGGAGGAGGUUUUUGACAUCCUGCCACUCUAUGGUGAGCUGCAGCCAGGAGAGAGCCAGCAGGUCACCUUCACCUUCUUUGGCCAUGCCAACAUGGUGGUCCACAUCACAGCUCUGUGUGAGGUGGAGGGAGGUCCGACCUACCAGGUGAUGCUCAGUGGGGAGGCCUCAGUCAUCAACUACCUCUUCGAUGUCACAGAGAUCAACUGCGGGCUGCAGCUGUUUAAUGAAUUUGCUGAAGCAGAGCUCACCCUACAGAACAGUGGCAAGGUGGGAUUCCAGUACCGGGUGCUGAGCCCCAGCGACAGCUCUCUGCCCAGCGUGCUCCUGGUGCUGCCCAGCACGGGUUAUGUUGGACCUGGCCAGGAGCAGGUGAUGAAAGUCUCCUACUUACCAGGCGUGCCUGGAGCCUUCUGCAGGACUUUCCAGAUCCAAGUGGGGCACCUGGAACCAGAAACCAUCACUCUGAAAGGGGAAGGGAGCUUUCCCAGGAUCUGCAUGGAUCUGCCCAGGAAUAUCAGAGGAAAUGAAAAGUACGAAAAGAUCCUCCAGGAGGCAAGAGAGAAGGUGGAGAAAGAGAGCCAGACAGAUGAAGCUGUUGUUCCUGGGGAGGACCCGGCCACUGAGACACCCGUGGAUGACCAGGAUACAAUGUUGGACAUUCGGCUGCAGAUGCAAAUGGAAGAGAUGCUGGUAGAGGAACGUGCUUUGGAGCAGCAGAAGCUCCUGGUCUCCUGUCCCCCAGAGGACUAUUACUUUGACAAGCAAGCUCGUCAGAGGCUUCUCAGGGUGCAGCUGCCUGAGUACAUCCUGAACUUUGGCCAUGUCAUUCUUGGUAACAUCCACACACACAUUGUGAAGAUCACCAACACUGGGCAGCUGCCCGUAUCCUUCUGUGCAGUUGGACGUGUCCUGCGUGACACAGGUUUCACUGUGGAGCUGGACCGUGUGACAGACCUGCCAUACUGCGAGACCCAGACCUUCGAGGUGCGCUUUGACCCGCAGAGUGCCAACGUGCCACUGGGAGAAGCAGAUGUGCUGCUGCCCAUCAAGGUCACAGGAGGCCCCACAUUUCACCUCCGCCUUCAUGCCUGCGUGACUAUGCCAUCCCUCUGCAUCUCCAGGGAUAGCCUGGAGUUCUCCACUGUCCAGUGUGGGCAGUGUCAGGAGGAAACCAUCCAGCUCUACAAUCGGUUCCAGGUGCCCUGUAAAUGGUUUGUUACCUUGAAGGAGCCUGUUAAGAAGGUGGAUAAAUAUUUGCCAGCAAACGUGCGACGGAAGCUGCUGCAGGAGCUGAAGGCCAAGCCCUGCGCCUUCGAGGUGCUGCCCUUGGCUGGAGACAUCGCCCCAGGGCAGCGAUGCAACAUGAGGGUCAGAUUUACACCCACUGAAGAGAGAUCCUACAGAUGCGAGCUGAAGAUUAACAUUUGCCAGAGCAGCCAGCCCCUCCAGCUGCAAGUCACAGGGCAUGGGCUGGAGCCACAACUGGAGUUUGACCCCCCAGUGCUCGAGCUGGCACCUGUGCUGCCAUACAGCGAUGGGUCAGCAGGAACAGUGGUGGUGAAGAACCCAUGCGAGUUCCCCAUUGAGUUUUACUCGCUGGAGUUUGACCAGCAGUACCUUGCUGAGGAGCAGAUCCUGCAGAUGCUGAAGGACUACGAUUGCCGCAAUACCCUAUUGCUGCCCCCACGUGCCCCAGGUGAGAACCUGCCCCCGGAGGUGCUGGAGUACUACCAGGACCACCAGAAGAGGCUGCAGGAUGAGCAGACCAAGUCCAGGACUGGGGAUCCAGAAGGCCAGGACAAUGCCAAUGGCGAAGAUGUCCAGUCUCUCUUGGAUCAAGAAGAAAAGCUCUCUGCUGGGAUCAGUCAGUCCCUCUCAUCAGUCAUUCCCCUCUCCACUUCUGAUGAAAGCCAGUCUAAUAAGUUGGAUGCUAAAUCUGAAAAGGGAGAAGAGGAGCAGAAUCUUGCAGAGCAUCAGCAGAGCACCAGUGGCAGCAAGGAGGCUGCAGGAGAACUGGACGACAGCCCUGUCUUCAGAGCCAUCGCUCGUCACCUGGGCAUUGAUAUCUCUCCUGAAGGCCGUGCGGCCCAAAACCGCCGAGGGAUCGCCAUCAUCAUCCAUGGGGCACCCCUGACGGGAAAGACAUCGGCCGCAGUCACCCUCUCCAGACAUUACGGCGCGGCCUGCUUGUCCAUCGACUCGCUGGUGAUGGAGGCCAUCUCUGACAGGAGCAGCUCAGCUGGGAUCCAUGCACGGGAACUGUGCCUCAGGGCUGCCAUAGAGCAGAGCCAGAAGGAGGCUGAGGAUGCAGGUCAAAGCACAGACCCCCUCAGCACUGAGCACAGUCACAGCCUGGAAACAAACCAGUCCAACUCUGGGGACAAGACCAGCGUCCACUCCACCAGCUCCCGCAGCCGGGUGAGUGCAGGGAUGGGCAGGAGGAAAUCGGAUAACCAUGCACCUCAUUCCCAGAAACAGCAUCACACAGACCCGACAGGCUCACAGGGCUCCUCCAGCUCUCAACACCUUUCGAUGCUUCCCUGUGUCCCUGCACCUCAGUGGCUGAACAUUGAGGGCAGCGCAGCAGGAGAGACGGGCUUGUUGAGCUGUGUGCUGCCUGAUGAUGUGCUGGGAGCCAUCCUCUCUGAGAGGCUGCAGCUGAGUGACUGCUACAAGGGAGUAGUGUUCGAUGGCCUGGAGACCCUCUUUGCACGCAGCAUGGCGUCUGCUCUCCUCUGCCUGCUCAAAGCUGUCAACAACCGACCUUACAUCUAUUUUGUGAACCUGUUCCAGGACUAUGCCUCUUGGAGAGCCAAAGAGAUGGCUGCAAAAGAGAAGGAAGAACGGGAGCAGGAAGAAGCUGCCAGGAGGGAGAGAGCACACCUUCUGGAGAUGGAUGAGGAGGAAUAUGAUGCCCUCACCGAGGAGCAGAGAGCUCAGUUUGAUGACAAAAUACUACAAAUCCAGCGUGAGAGGAGGAGGAGGAUGGAGCAGCUGGCUCGAGAGCUUGAGGAAAAGCAGAGGCAGGAACUAGAGCGCUUGAGGGAGGAAGAAGAGCUAAAGAAGAAGUCUAAGCGGGGAAGGAAAGAGCUUGGGAAAGAAAAAGACAGUGCCCAGGGGAAGAAAAGCCAGCAUGGAGUCAAACAAAAUGCCACCGCAUCCAGCAGCCACCGCCCAGACACCAGCGAUGGGGUGGACAGAAAGGGGUCUACAAAGGAGCACUCAGACUCUGCUGUAGGUGACAAGGAUGAGAGGAAGUCAAGCAAGGUUCACCCAACAAAUGCCAGCCCAGCAGUGUCCGAGCACCCCAUCUCCACAGAGCAGGAGGAAGACACAGAGCAGACGUUGAGUGAGAGCGAGAAGAUGAUGGCCAUGAGGUUUAAGAUCUAUGAGGCAUCACAGAAAGAUAUCACUUAUAUUUUAUCAUACUGGGACAGGGUUCAGGGCGCUCUGGCGUCCUCUUUGGGCCUGGAGGAUGUGUGGCAGAAGGCAGAAGAGCAAAGUGCUCAUGUAUCCAGCCGCAAGAGCAAGAGGGACAGGGAGAAGGAGCGCCUGGAGAAGGAGCGUCAGGAGAGGGAGAGGCAGGAAAAACUGAAGGCUCUCGAGGAAGCCCAAGCACAGGCAGGGGAAGGUGCAGAAGGGCCCCCAUUCGGGGUGCCUUGUUUGGAUAUCCAGGUACUGGAUGCAGAGGACGCUAUUGGGAAGAUCCUGGAGAGUGGCAAGCUGCCCCCAGCAGAGCAGAUCCUGGAUAGCCUGGGUCUGGGGCCCUCAGGGCCUCCCAUUCCUCCUACUGCAUUUUACUCUGUGAUCCACUACCCAGAGAAGCGAGUGGCCCCAACAGGAGAAGCCCUCAAGCACUUUGUCUUCAUAAUGCCAGACAGUGCAAUGGCAGAAGAAAAGGAAUUCAAAAGUCUUGAGGAUGCCCCCAUCACGCCUACCUCGAAGGUGUCAGAGGAGCAGCUCACCCCCACCAAAGGAAAAGCAAGGAAGGAAAAAACUGAGGGCAACAAGGAGGUCAAGAAAGAGAAGCGGAGCUCAGCCCGAAGCAAGAAAAGUCAUGGGACAGGCACGGGAACAUCAGUGCGUCCUGCUGAUGUGGAGCAAAGCAGUGUGGACUUGGCCACCUCUCCAGGGAAGGCCAUCAGGCUGAGCAGCUACCGGUGGAUUGUGCCUGCCUGUGGCCAGGUUGAACUGAAGGUACACUUCACCUCCUCAGUGUUGGGCCAGUUUGACCAGACAAUGAAUUUUGAGGUGCUGGGGACGAAGCGACUGUACCAGCUGCACUGCAGGGGCAUUUGUGUGUAUCCCACCAUCAGCCAGGACCCACGGGUGGUGUUUCCUCACCGAAGGAAGAGCAAAGCAGAUGAUGAUAUCAUCUUCAAGCAGUAUGUCAUGAGCACGGGUGUGUUCCACUUUGGGCCACUGCUCUGUGGGAAGUCCAGAGACUGGUACAAGGCUCUGCCCUACCCCAGCAACUAUGAGAAGAUAACCAUCCUUAACAUCACCCCCUUGGAAGUAGAGGUGCAUUUCUUCUUUGAGCAUGAUCUCAAAGCAGAUACAUUCAUUUCCGACCCUCCCAGCAUGACGUUGAAACCCAAUGAGAAGCAGGAACUGAGCAUUUGGGCGUACCCCACCUCGGCUGGCCUUGUGGAAGACAAGCUUGUGUGCUGCAUUAAGGACAACCCGGAGCCAGUGGUCUUCCAACUGUGCUGCCAAGGGGUGCGGGUGGAGCUGGGGGUCAGCACCAAGCAAGUGCAGUUUGGGAAGCUGCUGCUGCACAGGAGGGAGAGCAAGCAGCUGGUGCUGCGCAACCCCACCUUGCUGCCUGUAGCCUGGAGGUUCAGUGGGCUGGAGAACCUCGGUGAGGAUUUCUCCGUGUCGCAAAGUGAAGGCACAGUGGAACCCCGUGCAGAACUGGAGGUCUAUCUGUAUUUCAAAGCCACGAAGGUUCUCAGCAUUAAGAAGACCGUCCGACUGGAGAUUUCAGAUGCAGAAAACAUCCUGGGAAUUGCUCAGACAGAAAAUAUCCAGAUCCAAGCAGAAGCCUAUGAUGUCGCUCUGAGCAUCAGCAUUUCCAAAGGUAUGGAUGGCAAUGUGGACUUUGGAGUCCUCAAGGUACAGGAUGAUGCAAAGCAAGUGUUAACCCUGAAGAACAAAGGGAAGUAUGAGAUUGCAUACAGCUUCACUGUGGAAAACGCAGAUACCAACAUUCCAGACUUAGAAUCCCACUUUGCCAUCCAGCCACAGUCAGGGCUGCUGCCUGCCUCCGAGCGCCCUGUGCACGUCCAUCUGACCUUCCACCCCACGGCAGAAAUAGAUAUCCAGGAGAAACCCAUCCUGAAGUGCCAGGUGAUUGAGCCCAGCAUCUGCGAAGGAGGGGAGGCCAUUGCCAUCAUCCCGGUCAACGUGUCUGCCAAGGCCUUGUUCAGCAAGUACAGCAUCACCCCAGCCUCACUCAUUGACUUUGGGACUGUGGUGAAUGGCACCAAGAAAACCUGCAACUUAAUCCUGGAGAACAAGGGCAGCCUUGACUUCAAAUAUGUGAUCUGCAAAGCAGAGCAGGAGGCAUUUGGGCCAAGAAGGAAAAGUGUCAAUCACGAGAUGUCCGACCACUCUCAUGAAAGUGAAAGCACUGACAAAGUGCCCAAUUCUGGGAAGCAAAACAAGCAGCCUCAGCAGAAGGACCCCUCAAUGCAGGCACGCUUCACACUUGGCAUGUUCACGGUGUACCCUGGCUUUGGCUCCAUCCAUCCUGGGGAGCAGCAGACCAUCACGGUGGAUUGCCAGGCAGAGCCAGAGGGGACCUGUGAGGAGCACUUAUCAAUUGAUAUCAGUGACAGAGACCCCGAGGACAAUCCCUGUGGCAUCCCCUAUACCCUGCUGGCUGAGUCCUGCCUUCCAGCGUUUGUGGUUGAUGACGUAGGUUCCAUCUUUGAGGAGCAUCGUAUCUGCAGCAAUGCCAACCUCUGCCAGAUCCUGCAGACCGUGCAGGACAAAGGUGUGUUCAUCACAGAUGAGAACAAGUUCAUCUUCACCAAUGUUCUGGUUGGGCACCGGGCCACAGCCCGCUUCAAGAUCCGCAAUGUGGGCAAAGUCCCCUGUGAUGUGAUCCUCUCCAUCAAGCCCAUCUCUGCUAAGAACAGCCGCAUCAGUGACAUCUUUGAGGUGGAUCCCACUCAGAUGUGUGUGCCCAGCCACUCUCAUGCCUUUGCUACAGUGACCUUCACUCCGCAAACAAUGCAGAGCUACCAGUGCACUUUUGAGGCUUGCCUUGAAACCCAGGCAAGCCCAGCAGCAAUUAAAUCACAAAGCCUGACAUUUGAUAUCAGUGGGGAGGGGAACCUGCCUCGGGUGACGGUCCUGCGCCCAGUGCUUUGCAACAAGAAGGGGAACCCUCUGCUCCUCUUCAAGAAACUGUUGCUUGGUGAUUCGGAAAAACUCCCUCUGGUCCUUCAGAAUGGUGGCAUCAUACCUGUCCAGGUGCUGAUAGAUCUGUUGGAUGAAGCAGGAGCUUUCUUCUUGAAAGCCAGGCCCACCACACACUGCAUCUACCAGACUGCAGAUACAAAGGAGAAUUCUACUGGAGAAGGGAGAAAGCCCCACACUGCUUCCUUGGUCCUACAUCAUGGGGAAUCAGCAGAGUUCGACGUGCUUUUCAAACCCAAACUGCCCCAGCGUGCAGAAGGGCAGAUUCACCUGUCUGUGGUGGACAACCCAUAUGAGGAAACCUACGUCCAGCUGGUGGGUGAGGGCUACGAGGAUGAUUUCACACUAGAUAACAUCCAUGGACUUCUGGCUGAGAGCUUUGAGGAGAACACUGAAGGCAAUCUGGAGGAGGAUGUCAUUGAAGCUGUCAGAGUGGAUCACAUCCAGUUUGGGGACUGUCACAUUGGGAAGCCCUACCAGGUGACCUUCACAGUCACCAACCGCAGCCAGGCGGAGGCGAUGAGGUUCGAGUGGCUGGCGGACACCCCCUUCCACUUCUCACCCCAGGUGGGACACCUCCACGCUGGCUGUGCUAAGGACAUCACAGUGACCUUGAAGUCGGAUGUUGCAUUUGCCUGCCAAGCGCAGCCUGUGAAGUGUAAGGUGGCCAGGAUCUCCUUCCAGCUGCCAGCAGAGCAGGUCACCGACUGGGACGACCGCCUGCACACUGUCAAAUGGGUGGAUACCACCAUGGGGGAGACGGCUACGUGGCCAGUCAAGAAGAAGGUGAUUGAGACAGACCCAGAACCAGCUCACACCGUCCUGGAGAAGAGCAGCCGUGAAGUGGAGCUUCACCUGAGCGCUGUCGUUGAUUAUGCUGACUUCAAGCUGGAGGUGGACACAAUUCAGUUCAAGGAGACCUUGCUGUUCCAGACGAGGACAUUCCCUUUCCGGCUGUCCAAUACAGGGAACGUGGCCCUGGAGUACACCUGGAUGGCAGAUGUGGAUGAAAGAGCAGCGAGCCCAGCUGGGGAGCUGCUCCCAGCCGGGCUGGAAGGACGUUGCCUCUCCUCCAUGUCUCGUGCCCCUGUGAAGCUCCCAUUAGGCUGGAUGGGCCAUGCUCUGGAGCACACCUCAUCCUCCCUGAGCUCACCCAGAAGCCCUGGCCAUGCCACCUCAGUGUUCUCUGUCGAGCCCACCAGCGGCACCAUCCCUGCUGGCCAGGAGCAGCUCUUCCAGAUGAAGUUCUCUCCAGUGCGCAUGGGGAAUUUUAAGAACCGCAUGGUCUGCAGCAUUCCUAACCUGAAGCCAGAUCAGAAGGCCCCAGUAGUGGCUGUGAAGGGGAAAAGCCAGAGGCCACGUUGCCACUUUGAACUGGAGGAUUCUGACUACAUCACUGCAAACAGGCGCAAACCGGAGCUGCCGGAGCCCAGAGGGGCAGUGCUUGAUCAGAACACCAGAGUAAUUGAGUUUACAGUAGCUGGGGUGGGCGGCAGGAACAGCAGGACCUUCAAGGUGAUGAACCCAACCAGUUCCACAUACUCCUUUGAGUGGACAUGCCAGGACCCUGAAGCCCCACCAGGACAGAAAGCUUUCUUCUGCCUCACAGAAAGAGGGCAGAUCCAGCCUGGGAAGAAAGCAGAGAUGAAGUUUGAAUUCAUUCCCCGGCAUCUGGACGUCACCGAGUCCUUCUGGGUCUUUACAAUACCUGAGAAGAGAAUUUCAGUCCUGUUCCUGCUGGUGGGACACAGCGCUGAACCACUAGUGACCCUGGACAGGUCCUACUUGAACCUCCAAUUGCAGUUAGUUGGGCACAAAGUACAACAGACCAUCUAUAUGAUCAACAGUGAGAAGGAGGCUUUCACCUUUGCCUUCAGAGAAAGCUCACUCUUCCCAGAGGGAUACAGCACCUCAGUGAAAGUAGAGCCCAUGAAAGGCUCCAUCGCUCCCCUUUCAAGAUUUCCCAUUACAGUUGCCUUCACGCCAACACUAGAAGGUGAGGUGGUCUUCAACCUCAAGUGCGAUGUCAAGAGGAAGACAGAGCCCCUCUCCCUGAAUAUCAAGGCCACUAGCUAUACCAUGAGCGUGUCUGUCAGGUGUGAGGACAGUGAUGGUGGUGUAACUGAGCUCAGUGCACAGGAGGUCAACAUCAUUGACUUCAAGGAGGUGCAGCUGAAUGAGAGCACCCAGCGCACCUUCAGCAUCCACAACAAUGGCAAGUUCAGCUUUGCCUUCUCGUGGGAGCUGAGUGGCCCCAUAUCCCGGGUGCAGCUCCUGUCCCUCAGCCCCAUGACGGGCAGCGUGCAGGCUGAGGGCAAGGUGGACAUCCAGCUGGUUUUUCACCCGCGGAAAAUGUGCUCACUAAAGAAUGUAGAGCUGACACUGAAGAUCAGCAAGGGUCCUAUGUUUAUCUGUGCGUUCCUGGCCACCGUGGUAGUGCCCACUGUCUACUUCUCAACCACCAGACUCAACUUCGGAGCCUGCUUCAUCUACCACGCCGGGAUGCCACCUGCCCAGCAGACCUUUACCAUCACAAACAAAGCAGACAGGGAUGUCAGUCUGAACUGCUUGUUCAUCAACACCGUGCACCUGGAGGUGGAUUUCCCGGGGUACAUCCUUUGCCCAGGAGCGACGGUGGAGGUGCCCAUCACUUUCUAUCCCAGAGAAGUUACAUCUUACCACGAGCUCAUAACUUUCGACAUCAAUGGUCUUUGUCAACGGACUGUUGAGGUCCUAGGAAAGGGUGCAGAAAUGAAGGUGGACGUUGUGGAACCCCCAGGGAAGGUGGUGAAGCUGGGAGCCCUCUCUGUGGGACAGACAGUGAAGAAGGUUGUUACCAUAGCAAACAAUAGUGUUGCCCCUCUCACUUUUAAUCUCUGUUUCAUGCCCACCACUCCAGAACUGCAAGAAGAUGGGGUUCUCUGCUUUCACCCCAGCAGUGAACUAAGUUUGAAACCCAAAGGAGAUACCAUUAAAGUGAAGGUGAUCUUCUCCCCAAAGCAACGCAUUCAGCCAUUCACUGAAGAAGUGAUGCUGGAGAGCAGCGGGCUGCUGCGCUCCCUGUUCAUGGUGCAGGGCUCCUGCCAGGGGAUUUGCGUCAGCUUGGACCAGGAGCACCUCAGCUUUGGAGCAGUGAUGCAGCAGAGCUGCGCAUCCCAGCGUAUCAUCAUGCAGAACACUGGCGACGUCGGAGUCAAGUUUCAGUGGGAUAUCAAGAGCUUCAAGCCAGAUUUCUCCAUCAGCCCCACAAAGGGUUACAUCUCCCCAGGGAUGGAUGUCCCCUUCAUGGUGAGAUUCCACCCAUCGAAGAUGAGCCUUGCUAUCCGGUAUGAGGGGCUGCAGUGCUUCAUCCAGGGCAGUGAGCCGCUCUGCCUUACGCUGACAGGGUGCUGCAUGGACACCCCCAUCGUCAAAGAGACAUUGAUUUUUUCAUGCAAUGUGCGUGAGAUGGACAGCCAGACCAUCCUCCUGUCCAACCCAAGCAAUGAGCCCUGGACUGUGAAGCCUGUCAUCGAGGGUGAUCACUGGAAAGGGCCUGAAUGUAUCCAUCUAGAGGGGAAUCAACAAGAGAAGCCAUACACAAUUACCUAUGAGCCCCUAACCAUGAGCUCUGAGGAAAGGAAGCAUCAGGGCUCCAUCUUCUUCCCGUUGCCAGAUGGGACAGGCUUAUACUACCUCCUGCAUGGGACUGCUGAGGACCCAGAUUGUUCAGGGACCAUUGUGCGGGAGGUGCCAUGCAGGACUCCCUAUACUGUGAUCCUUCCUGUCUCCAACUGGCUGAACAAACCACAGAGGUUCCUUGUGGUAAUAGAUAUACUCAAACCAGAGGACGUGGAGAGUAGUUCUGUGCUGCAUGGGCUGGAUUUCAUUGAUGUGCCUGGCUCUGGGAAGAAGGACUACAAGCUCACGUUCCUCUCCUACAAGGAAGAAGUCUUUAGUGCAAUGGUGACCUUCAUCAAUGAGGUGACCGAGGAAUACUUGUUUUACACGGUCACUUUCAAGGCCAUUGCUUCAGGACCCAUCGGCACUGUUGAAGUGAGUGCUGCUGUCCGGCAGAGCGUGUCUUCCAGCAUCAAGGUGGAUAACCCUCUUGAUGACCCUGUGGUGUUUGACAUCGAUUGCAAAGUGCCUGAGAUCACUGUUCCCCCCCAUUUCACUGUUCCUGCUCAGUCAGAGGCCGAUCUUGUCUUUGAGUACCAGCCUUUGAAGGUAGGUGAGAGCACUGAGCGCCUGAUGCUCCACAGCACUGAUUUGGGCUCAUGCUACUAUGAGCUGAUCCUGAAAGCCACGACUAGCAAGCCAGAGAAACCACUGUACUUCUGCACUACACUGGGCUCUAACCAGACCAUCACCACCAAAAUCAUGAAUUACAACCGCCAGAAGACAGAGUACAUCCUCCAGACCGACUGUGCUGAUUUCCAGACAGAGAAGACCAUCACCAUGCCACCUGCCAGCCUGGGGGGCUCGGAGGUGAGCGUAGAGGUGACCUACGAGCCCUGCCAGCUGGGCGAAUCCCGGGCCACACUGCAGCUCCUGGGCCCUCCAGGAGGGGACUACAGCAUCCCACUCUUUGGCCUUGCCCUGGCUCCCAAGCCACAGGGCCCCUUCCUCAUCAAGGCCGGUGGCAGCACCAACAUCCCCUUCAAGAACAUCUUCCCCCAGCCCACGACCUUCAGGUACAGCGUGGAGAACCCGGCCUUCUCCGUGCGGGCCACCGAGACCCUGCGCCCCAAGAAGAACAUCUUCAUGGCCGUGUCCUUUGAGGGCAACCCGGAUGGCACCAAGACCCCCAUCAGCAGCCGGCUGGUGGUCUCCUGUGCCCGAGCAGAUGGGCUGGGAGCCGGCAUCUCCUGGGUGUUCUACCUGCGGGGGCUGCCCCUUGAGAAGUGAUGGGGGUGGAGGUGGCCACCAUGGGCACAGAGGUGGCCGAGGGGGCUCGCGGUGCUGUUGUGGGGCCUGUGUCAUGGUGUGGAAUAAAGCACAGGCAGUGCAGAGUGCUGUGUUUGGAGUAAAGCA